AUGUCUUUGCGCGCUAUCAAAAAGCGCGAGAAUCAAUUGUUGCCCCCUUCUGUUGUGGGUUCGUCCGCGGCCGUGGCAAACGGUCGCACCAGCCUAUUUAGGAAAUUAACCAAAACAAUUAAGGGAACCCACCAACAUCAGGCAACAACCGAACAUCAGCAACAACAACAAGGUGUUGUGGGGGGCACCUCUUUACAGUCGUCCAUUAAAAAGCACAAUAAUCACUUGCUGAGUAAUCUAAAACAACAGCAUAAAUUACUGGGCCGUUUGACACAAUCGAACCCGGAAUUUGGUGAACCUUCGGAAACGUUACGCCGUUUGGAGGCCGCCCGUUUGGUUAGAACCAAGUCUGAAGGUGACAUCGAUAAGCUGUUGAGCAGUCAAAAUCAAUUGAAGCAAGGUGCUUUGUUGAAUGCAAAAUCCGAGGUUUGCCUGAAGACCAUUUCAACACACAACUACCAAACUGCCACACCACGUAAGGUGCUACAAUCUAACACAAACAUGUUAAGUGGUGCAAGAUCCCAUCGUGACCUAACACAAUCCUCAUAUGCCUCAACAUCACACCAUCACAUAGAUGUAAUGGCUCACUGCCCAGGUGGUGGUGGUGGGGUACCACCACAAAGACGCAUGAGCGAGGGUAAUUACAAGAGAACACAACGUACAAAUUCCAUGUCCACAAGUGAAAUGACAUCCUCAUCGAUAAGUGGUCUGAGUCAUUCCGUUCCGCCUGUCGAUCCAAAUAGUAUAUUACGCAUACCCAUAAUUGGCUAUGAAGUUAUGGAAGAGCGAGCCCGAUUUACCGUCUAUAAAUUACGUGUUGAAAAUCCCCAUACAAAUGAUUGUUGGCUCGUCCUGAGGCGCUAUACAGAUUUUGUACGUCUCAAUACGAAAUUGAAGCAGUCAUUUCCACAUCUCACCUUGAAUUUACCGCGCAAGAAGAUUUUCGGCGAUAAUUUCAAUUCGGUGUUUUUGGAUAAUCGCAUACAAGGCCUGCAAAUGUUUGUCAAUUCCAUAAUGAGUAAAGAGGAAUUGCGGAAGUGUCAGCUGGUGAGGGAAUUUUUCUGUCUGGAUGAACCACCUUCGUAUUCCGAAUCAAUGGAAGAGUGUAGGGCAAUAUUUGAAGCACAAGAGGAGACAAUUGCCCAUUUGAAAAUGCAAAUAAACAACAAAAAUGAUUUAAUAUUACAACUACAACAAAAACUGCGCGAUGUCCAUCAAGAGAAGGAGCAAUUGAAAGAUAUGCUAAAGUAAGUAUAUAA